AUGAGUGAACUGCAGAAAUCCUUCGCCAAAGCAAAACUGGCCAAGCUUCCUCCUGAGGCCCCACCAUUCUCCAUGCAUCCAUUCCGCGAUGAAGAGGAUUCCGAGUCCGCCUCAUCAACGGGGACCGUGGUUCCCUCCCCUAGUCGGCAGCUGUUUGCUAGGUCGCGAGGAUCCAAUUCCACCGAAACUUUAAAUUGGACCGACUUCUUCACUGAAGAGCUGUUUUUCGUUCAAGAGACAGAUUCCGCGCGCAUAAGACACCAUGUAUACCUGACUCCACCCACAAACUCGGGCCCGCUCUUCGUCAUGCACCAUGGCGCCGGUUCCUCAGGGCUCUCAUUUGCAGCCUGCGCAGAGGAGAUUCGCAAGAUCCUCCCCAAUGCAGGGAUCCUCUCUAUCGAUGCGCGAGACCACGGCCAGACGUCUACAUCCACGGAGACGGGAGAAGGAAAGGUCGAGUUGGACUUGAGCUUGGGGACUCUCAAUCGGGAUUUGGUUUUCGUUGUCCGUGAGACGCAGUCGAAGAUGGGCUGGGCGAGUCUACCGGACAUUAUCCUUGUAGGACAUAGUCUGGGUGGUGCAGUUAUCACAGAUGUGGCGAAGAAAGGAGAAUUGGGUGCGAAGGUAUUAGCUUAUGCGGUUUUGGAUGUUGUCGAAGGCUCGGCAAUGGACGCUCUACAAAGCAUGGAAAAGUAUCUUUCUACACGGCCCACACGGUUUCCCUCCCUUGCCUCAGGGAUUGAAUGGCACACCCGCUCCCGCACAAUUCGCAACAGAACCUCAGCUCGAGUCUCCGUGCCUUCCCUCCUCUACGAGGAAACAACGCCCACCGACCCCUCAAAACCAUGGGUAUGGCGCACUAACCUCGCCGAAACGAAGCCCUUUUGGGAAAAUUGGUUCAUCGGUCUGAGCAAGAAAUUCCUUGAGGCUCGUGGCGGAAAAUUACUUCUUCUCGCCGGAACAGAUCGUCUAGAUAAAGAGUUGAUGAUUGGACAAAUGCAGGGGAAGUAUCAGCUGCAGGUAUUUCCCGAAGCAGGGCACUUCGUACAGGAAGAUCAGCCGGUCAAGACGGCUCAGGUGCUAGUAGACUUUUACAAGAGAAAUGACAGGAGUGCUUUGGUACUGCCACCUAAGGUAGCAGAUAUGCAAGCCUCCGCGGCUAUGAAACAGGGAGCCGGAGCUGUUCCACCUUUUGGGAGGGGGCAGGGUUCUCACAAACCAUAG